CGUCAUCAUUCUACGACAGUCGGGCAUGCCAGUUAUUGAAGGACAAGCAGCGCUUACCGAGGAUGAGACUCUUUUAAGUCUUGUGUGCAGGAAACAGCCAUGGCUCUAUCGUGUCUAAGUCGGGCUCUGCGCAGUCUGUCUCUUUCACAGACACCUCUGUUGUCAUCGCAGACACUGGCUAAAGUGAUACCUGACGUCCAACUUACGUUACCAGCGCUGAGCCACAGUACUAAUUUACAACUAUGCAGAGGAUUUUUAACAACUGCGUCUUUAGACCAGAACCAGACGAAAUGGAAACAGCGGGAUAAGUACACCAUCAAGCCCAUUGGAAUGAAAAAGACCGGAGGCAGAGAUCACACAGGCAAGGUGCGGACACAUGGUAUUGGUGGGGGCCACAAGCAGAGGUACCGCUGGGUUGACUUCCAGCGCCUGCGCUUUGAAGAGGGAAAGGAGGACCAGGCCUUUGACGAGAAAGUUGUAGAAGUGCGCUAUGAUCCAUGCAGGUCUGCAGACAUUGCCCUGGUGGCAGGGGGCAGCAGGAAGAGGUGGCUCAUCGCUACGGAGAACAUGCAGGUCGGAGACCUCAUCAAAACCUCCGGAGUCAUCGGACGAAUGGCAGUCUCCGCCAACGAGGGCGAUUCAUACCCGCUCGGCGCACUUCCUGUGGGCACUCUGGUGAACAACUUGGAGUUACGACCGGGGUCGGGAUCAGUUUAUAUUCGUGCUGCAGGCACCAGCGGAGUCCUGCUGCGUAAGGUCAACGGGACGGCCAUCGUCCAGCUCCCCUCCAAACAGCAGGUCCAGGUGGCGGAGACCUGCAUGGUGACGGUGGGUCGCGUCUCCAACGUGGACCACAACAAGAGGAUCAUCGGCAAGGCGGGCCGCAACCGCUGGCUGGGCAUCCGGCCGUCCAGCGGCCUGUGGAAGAGGAAGGGCGGCUGGGCCGGGCGCAAGAUCAAACCGCUGCCGCCCAUGAAGAGCUACGUCAACCUGCCCUCCAUUUCAGCCGCUUGAGCACAGGGCUCUGACUUCGCUCUCGCUGUGUGUGACUGAGAAGUGUCUUUGUAUCUAUUAAGCAAUUACGCCACAAUAAAAGUGGAAAACCACGUGUUUGACUCUGGAAAUGAAAACCCCAAAUGCUGGUUGUA